AUGGAACAGAAAUUCUCCUCUAACGUCUUUUCGCUCCCGAACAACGGAAAACAGAUCUUUUAUCUCUCUGCUGGGCCUUCAAAUGGUCCGUUGAUAUGUUUCCUGCACGGCUGGCCCGGUAUCGCCAUGACCUGGAAAAAUCAAUUGCAAGCAUUUGCCAGACUGGGAUUCUAUGUCGUUGCCCCAGAUAUGCCGGGCUACGGUCAAACAUGGACCUCAACUGAUUCGAGUGAUUAUGCACUUGAGAAGAUCGUCCCGCAAUGCAUCGACCUCUUGCGCCACUUGGGGAGAGAGGAGGCCAUCUGGUUUGGCCACGACUGGGGCUGUGGUCCGCUCUGGGCCAUUGCGAGUCAUCAUCCUGAGGUAUGCACGGCUGUCAUAGCGAUGUCAGUGCCAUACCGCACCCUUGAGCUCGGUGUGAACUUUUUAGUCUCCCUGGUGGAUCGCAAGUUAUACCCCGAGGAUGCUUUCCCAUAUGGCCAGUGGGAUUAUCAGAAAUUUUACGAGCAAGACGCCCAGACGAGAGCCGGUGACAGGCAGUUCGAGUCGAAUAUUUCUGAUUAUAUCAAGCUGUUCUUCUCCAAAGGCAGUGAAAAGACAGGCCUUUCGUAUGCGAGGACAUCGAUGGUCACCAAAGAUGGAGGCUGGUUUGGUGGUCCUAAUGUUUCCCCGCCACAGAUACCGCUGAGCAGUACUGUGCUGGACGAGGAGCUACUGACGGAGCUGGUCUCUGCGCUGACAAAGACCGGCUUUCAUGGUGCCACGUCGUGGUACCUGAACCACGCAGCGAAUGAGAAGUAUACGCGGGAAACAAGCGUCAAUGGAGGUCAUCUCAAGAUGCCAGUUUUGUUUAUCCACACCGAAUAUGACGCUGUCUGUCAGACUGUGCACAAUCCUUCGUUUAUGAAGGAAAUGCGAGCUCUUGCCGAGAACCUUACUGAGUUUACCAUCAAAGCAGGGCAUUGGGGGUUACUUGAGUGCCCCGAGGAAACAAAUGCCGGUACAGUGGAAUGGAUAUUGAAGGAAGUCAAAGGAUCCUGGCCUGGGCCGGACUUGAAGAAUGAACAAUCCACGCCGCAAAGGCUAUGA